AUGGAAAACACUCGGACCAAUGCUUUCCAAAAUGCUUUCAAUGUUAUUCCUCAAUCAGUCACACCCAGAAUUACAUACGAUGUUUUUAUCAAUCAUCGCGGAAUCGACUCGAAGGAAACCCUGGCGAGUCUCAUUUACCACAAUCUCCAAAACAAGGGCUACAAUGCCUUCUUAGACAAGAAAUCUAUUCAGGUGGGAAAGAGAAUACCCAAAUCAAUAUUGGGGGCUAUUCGCACAGCUUCUGUGCACGUAGCCAUUUUCUCGGCCAACUAUGCAAACUCAACAUGGUGUCUGAAGGAACUCUAUCUUAUGCUCAAGAGUGGGGUACCAAUAGUUCCCGUUUUCUGCGGAGUUCAGCCUUCCGAACUUCGCAUGAAAGACGAAGACGGAGAAUAUGCUCGAGCUUUCCAGAUUCACAAGCGCACUAGAAAAAUCAGGGUACAAAAGCUUAAGAAAUGGAAGAAGGCUCUGAGUAAGGUUUCACGUAUACAUGGCUAUAUUUUCAAAGGGGACCAGGGAGAGAUGCUGGAGCAAAUUGCAACUUCCGUACUUCAACAUAUUAAUGCUGCUAAACAUCUGAGACAGUAG